UACACCGAAUAGGUGCAGUGAAAUGUGUUGUUUUACAGGAUCAGCCACAGUAGUAUGCCAACCCUGGAACAAAUUAGGGUUAAGUGCCUUGCUCAAGAGCACAUUGGCAGAUUUAGUUUUAGAGUACUGGGCAAAGUACAUUCAUUCAUGAAGAGUGUGUUGUCGAUGUGCUCUUGUCUGUGAAAGGGUUACUGUUAAAUUCCACACUACUCAAAAAGGCUCAUUGCUCCCCGUCCUCUGUCAUCUCAGUAAGAGGAAUUAGUCGGGCGACUGGACGUAUAUAUGUCCGGUUCUUUACCUGGAUCUCCACUGAUCUAACACGACCAUCGGUCCCAGGCAUGAUAUUAGUGAUACGGCCCACUGGCCAGGAGGCUUGAGGCAGCUGAGGGUCCACAAUCAUUAUUACUUAGCCAGUUUCCAGACUGGCCAUUUCUCUCCACCAUUUCCCUCUGUGCUGUAGGCUUGGUAGGUAAUCCCGAAUGAAUCGGACCCAGAAAUGGUCAGCCAAGAUCUGGCUGUGUCGCCCCCGGCAUCUGCCAACGAGGUUGGUAUAUCAGCAUACAUGACUUGAGGAAGUGAUGCAUCUCGGCUUCCCAUCAAGACCAUAUUCGGUGUUACGGGAUCGGGGUCAGCGAUGUCUGCAGAGAGAUAUCCCAAGGAGUUGGAGUUCAGUAUCCCUUCCACCUCUAUCAGGAUGGUCCGCAAGACCGUUUCAGUGACAGUUUGGUCCCCCAGGACGACUCGUAAGGCCGUCUUUACAGAUUUCUCUCACUCCCAUGUUCCUCCAAAAUGAGGAGCUCCUGGAGGGUUAAAUUUGAAUGAGAUUUUUUGGUCCAUCAGAUGAUCCUGGAAGCAUGGCUUGGAAGGCUUCCUCGAACCUGGCUUCUCUUGCCUUGAUGUUUGUGCCCCUGUCAGCCAGGAUCUCGUAGGGUUUCCCCCGUCGGGAGAUAAACCGCCGCAGGGCCAUGAGGAAGGCUUCAGUAUCUAAACUCUCCAGUAGGUCCAGGUGGACACAUCUAGUUGUCAAACACUUGAAUAGAAUGCCCCAGUGCUUUUCCACUCGACGACUUAGCUUGGUUGUCAAGGGGCCAAAGCAAUCUACUCCUGUUGACCAGAAGGGUGGUUUGAGGAGGCGCAAGUGAGCAGGGGGUAAAUCUGCCAUUUUGGGAACAGUGGCUCCGGCCCGCCAUCUCUGACAUUCCACACAGGUGUAUUGAUGCUUAUGAAUGGCUCCUCGUCCUCCAAGUAUCCAGUACGCAGGCUGAGGCUACUAGCAGUUUCAUAAUGUUGUCUCCCUCUUCGGGUUGCGUGAAGGAGAAACCUAGGACUGCUGAUGAGCUCACUGUGGCCUCAUUGGGCCUGUCCCCUACUGUCCCAGACCCUCCAUUGGUGGCAGCCGGAAUUGGAUGAGAGCCCUCCCACCUCAUGUUUGAUGACUGGCCUGGCCCAGGCCAUGGACGAGAGGAACAAUUUGCUGUGGUUGGUAAUUGGCGGAAAGGCGAAGGAGUGAUGCUUUGUCUAGAUGAAGGAGGAAUGCUAACUUGUGUCACUGGCAUAGAGGGCGUUGGCGGAGCGGCCUGUCCCCCGUGCUCCGUGUUGGCUGUUGACCUUGGAGCCUCCGGGGACUGUGUGCCAUGCUGUACCAGAGGAGCAGAUUGGGAAAGAAAGGCAGACAGGUCAGGUCCAUGUGGAAGGGUGGUCAGGUCAACUCCCUGUUCGUUCCUCUCCAGGAAGGAUGAGACCAUUCGUGCCUCCUCCAAUUCCCUUCUUGCUCGGCGGUGCCGUCGCUGCUGUGCCAGGUCCUUGGCAAUGAAUUCUCGUUCCUGUAGAGCUCUAUGGGCCCGCACAUCCAAUAGUAGGUGACAUCGUUCGUCAGCCUGUCGUUCCUCCUCAAUCUGACGCUCAAUUUCCUCCAACGCUAGUAGUUUCAUCCUCUCUCGUAGGACAGCGGUCUGUGAAUCGCUGAGGGCUAGUGAAUGGCGGCUGCCAUGGCCACUUCCAAAGGGGUAUCCACUGGUCGAACUCUCACUCUGUCUAGAGUGCCACGACAAUUUCCCUUUAGUUAAGGGGUGAGCGGAGCCUGUUUCAGGAAGCUGGUCGACCUGUGCGGUUGGAGUUACCUCCUCCAUAGGUUCUUCUGUAGACCACAUUCCCGUCCCAAAGCAGUUUCCUGUCCUUGGCUCGGAGGGGAUGGUUGAUGGCUGAAACGUACAGUUGAUCCAUCCCCACUUUGCCCUUUGGUGUGGGAAACUCGACCACAUAAUCCUUAAGAUAACCUGGUGCUGCUGGUGGUUGAGGAUGAAGCCUUCUUUGUUUCUUUAGUCUUAGCUCCUGGAUUUUUUUAUUUGUUCCAAUACCUUUCCCUCAGCUGCUCUUUCCUCCGCUCUUCUUCCUUCCAGUGGAGACAAUUCUUCCUUCUCCAUUUCCUUUUCACCUGUCUUUGGUUCAGUCAUUAUCCGGCUCGAAGUACCAUUGAAAGAUUAGUGAAAUCUGUGUGGGUAGCUGGACAGGUAGGAUGACUGACAGUGAAGGUGAACACGGGUCAGGUGACAGAGGAAUGGAUGAGACUGAGGCAGGAAUUCCUUUAAUCAUAAAGUGGUAUAUUUACUGAGUAGUCUGUGCUGCAUAACAAAUGAAACAGAAUAACAAGUAUCCAAUCAAAUUCAUAACAUGUAUCCAAUCAAAUUCAUAAUCACCAAGAUCAAAUCAUAACAAUCAUCAUUAACAUAAUUAGGGAAUUCAGCAAUCCAGUUAAUUAAGAAGUCAAUAGGAAUCAUCCUUGAGUCAUUUAAGCUCGUAACUAUUUAUCAUAAUCAUGAGAAGAAUAAUACAAACAGUGAUUGGUUAUUCAAUAUAUAAUCCCCAUUAGUUUGAUAUCAGAAUCGAUCAGUUCAGCAAACAAUGACGUUUCAAAUUUCACCCUUUCAAGUGUCUUCAUAUGUACAUGUAAUUUCAUUACAUAUUAACCAUAUAUCGGUGGCAUAAUUGGCCUGUGAUGAUCCGUAGAGCCGUGAUCAUUGCCCAUUCACAUUACACAAUAGGUUUGAAGCGUGAAGCGGGGGACUGUAGAUUAACCUCACAUUGAUCAGAAUAUGGUUUAAAUGCAACAACCCAAUUACCCCCCCUCCCCCUUAACAGGAAGCAGGCACCUGAUGAUUGACUGGUCAUGUUUCAUGAUUUGGAAGUGUGAAUAAUAACUUUUAGAUACAUUGUUUCAUUAUGAUGUAUCCACGUUCAAUUAAUAUCCUUUGGUUGAAAGACUCCUGCUCUGGGCCAGGACUGAGGGGGUAGCAUUUCACCAGUGUCGAUGUGUCAUCGUGUGCGGAGUGCAUACUAUGUGAUGAGGUCGCCAGAAUGAAUGAGGAAGUGAAACAAAAAAAUAAGGUAGUCACACAAAUCAGCUACAAUCUGGUCAUGUUAGCAUGUUCUAAAUAUCAAAACCAAGUUGGGGGCUAAAAUUGAUAUUAGCUCAGAAUUUUAGAGGGAAAAAUUUGCCAGAACGAGACUACUAAUGCACCCUCACACGAAUUCGCUACCCACCCCCUCUCGGUCUGUCUCUCUCUUUCCUAACGGCAGCCGCGCUAGCAGAAACACUCCUCUUGUGAGUGUGGGGGAUGGGCAGUGAACACAGCUUUCUCAGCCGCCAACAUUGAACUACGCUGGCCAACCUUGACCUUGCCCUGAGAAGGAGGGGAAUCACACUCAUAUCAAUAGUUACCCAGAGUCAAAUGUAAAACACAUUUGUUUUAUCAUUUUGGAUCUUGUACUUUGAGUGUAUCACAAUUUGGCCUUUCGCAUGUUGAAUUGUUCAAAAACAGUCGAUAGAAUGGAACAAAGCAACGAUUAAUGUUUUUAGAAUCGUUGCAUUUAAAACCCCAAAAUCACGUUAUGAAUGCAACCACACUUGUGCCCUUAUGCAAUGUAAAAAUGAACGAAUCCACUCCGUGUUCCCACCUAGCUCCAAUCCGUACUUUACUUCUGUCUGUACGGCUUAGUAAAAUGGCUGUAUCUCGCGGAGCCUCGUGCUGGUUCGCUCUGUUCCUUGCCUCUAUUCUCGCUCACUAAUAGAAUCCCCGGAAUAUAUGUCUGUUUAUGCAUCCUUGAGGUUUAUUAUUACUUGUCCAAUUAUUUUCACAUCGGAAUCAGGAGACAAAACCGGAUUCGGUCCGGAGAAAGGGGUGGGAAUGAGUCGGGACAAGGAUAAAUGGUUAUAAACAAUUAUUUAUAUUCAAUGCUAGCGUUUGAUUGUGACUGACUCGCCGAGAGAGGGGGGUAUUAUGGCCGCUCAGGUCGCCAGCGCCGCCACUCUCAACACAAGCCCGCCUUCCGAACUAAAGAAACCGGAUCGAGACCCACAUGAGGAUUCUAUACUGGGGGAAAAGCAGCAGGAAAACAAGCAGCCGGGAUUAGAGCGCGGAUCUCCGGUCCGGGGGGAUCUGCAGGACGGGGCCGAUGUUGGAAAUGCAGGGGGAGGAGGGGAACCUGAGAUGAAGAACGGGAACGGGAACCCUUCCAGGACUAAUAAUAAUCAGAAUGAUUCCAUUGGAUCCGAGGGGAAUAACCAUCCCGGGAUGGUACACCACCAUGGGUCUGGUUUUCCUCCACCUUCUUAUGGAUACAGUCAACACUACGGCCGGGCCCCUUUUCAUCAACAUGGCGGACAACAAAGCCCUGGCAUGGCAGCUGCUGCAGGUCCAGCCGUGCCGUCGAGUAAUAUGAUGGACCCAUAUCAACCCAAUUCGCACGACCAUGGCUUUUCUAACCACCAGUUUAACAAUUACAAUCCAUUCCCGAGCAGAACUCCCUAUUCUGGCCAAGGAUACGGCAUGAACCCCUCACGUAAUACCCAGGCUCCGGCAGCUGGGGGACAGCCAGCUAACGUUAAGCAGCAACCAGCAGGAGGACCCACAGCAAUGGCUGCAUCUUACAACAACCAGAGAUAUAAUAUGGGGAAUCCACAGCCAACGUCUACCCCAACCCUCAACCAGCUCCUAACUUCUCCAAGCUCCACUCGUAUAUAUCCAAAUUACCCAUCUAGUGAAUAUAGUAAUCAGGAAGGCGCUAGUAAGGGACCAACAGACACGGGCAGUAGCGGUCAGUAUGGAGGGGGGAAUCCGGGUUGGCAACAAAGGACCCAUCAUCCGCCGCCUAUGAGCCCUGGAAGUACAGGGCAACCCCUAGGUAGAAGCCAGCCCCCAGGUGCAAUGGAUCCGAUGGCUAAGUUGAGAGGCCAGCCGUACGGAGGGGGCAGUCCAUAUUCCCAACAACCUGGACAGGGGCCACCCCCAGGAGCCCAGCAGGGUCACGCAUACCCGGGCCAAGGCUACGGUCCCCUUGGCUCCCAGAGAUACCCGGUGGUCAUGCAGGGCCGCACACCUGGGGCUAUGGGGGGCAUGCAGUACGGGCAGCAGGUGCCGUCUUAUGGGCAGCAGGGACCAGGAGGCUAUGGUCCUCAGGGCCAAGGGCCCUACUACGGCCAACAGGGCCAGGCUUUACACCCAGGCCAGCAGCAAGGGCCCUACCCCCAGGCACCUCUGGGACAGCAGGGUGGUCAGACACCCUACCCUCAGCAGUCCCACCCUCCACAGGCGUCAGCCUCACAUGCCCAGGGUGGGCCGCCCUAUCCGCAGCCCCACAUGCCCCCCCAGGGCCCGCAGCCAGGUCCAUCCCAAGGGCCCCCGCAGUCUCAGCCGCCCUACUCCCAGGGCCCAGGCCAGGCUCAGUCUGGUCAGCCUCCUUACCCCCAGCAGCAGGGGCCUCCCAGCCAGCCUCCACAGCAGGCCAGCUCCCAGGUCCCAGCAGGGUCACAGCCCCAGCUUAGCUAUCCACCCACGCAGGGCCCACAGCAGCUCCCCACACAGCAGCAGCAGCAACCCCAGACACCCUCUCAACCCCCUCAGCAACCACCAGGUCACAGCCAGCAUCCACAGGGCCAGCCUGCAUCUUACUCCCAGAAUCCUCCACAGCAACAGCAGUCACCUUACCAACGCUUCCCUCCUCCACCACAGCAGGAGAUAUCCCAGGACUCGUUCAGUUCCCAGUCUAGCGCCCCUCCCUCCAACCAGCCCAAAAGUGUCUCGGAGGACGUCAGCAUGCAAGGCCAGCCGUCCAGCCUACCGGUGAGUCCUCACCCAACCUGUGCAAAGGAUCUCUCAGGCUCCAUCGAUGACCUGCCCACGGGCACGGAUGGCGCUCUGAGUCCUGGCGUGAGCACUUCAGGUGUGUCAAGCAGCCAGGGCGAGCAGAGCAACCUGGCCCAGUCGCCCUUCUCGCCCCACACCUCUCCCCACCUGCCAGGCAUCCGAGGGCCCUCACCGUCACCCGCUGGCUCCCCCGCCAGUGCCACCACCUCCCGCACGGGGCCCCUCUCACCCGCCACAAUGCCAGGGACCCAGAUGCCCCCUAGACCAUCGAGUGUGCAGUCUGACGGGAGUCUGCACCCCGCCAUGAGCCAGUCUCCCAUGGCCCAGGAGAGAGGGUUCGUACAGAGAAACCCCCAGAUGCCCCCAUACGGUUCACCACAGUCUGCCUCUCCCCUGUCACCCCGACAGUCCUCUGGAGGCCAGAUGCACCCUGGGAUGGGACCUUAUCAGCAGCAGAACAACUCCAUGGGGGGCUAUGGACCUCAGGGUGGGCAGUAUGGCCCACAAGGUUACCCCCGGCAACCUGGAUACAACAACAUGCCCAAUGCCAACUACCCUGGCCCUGGCAUGGGCAACCCCAUGAACCCUGGCCCUGGCAUGGGAAACCCCAUAAACCCCAUGUCUGGGCAAGGGGGGCUGCCGUACGCAGGCAUCCCCCCUGGUAGAAUGCCUGCUGGCCAGAUGGGAGUGCGUCCCUAUGGCCCUAACAUGGGGCCCAACAUGCCACCCAAUAUGAGUAACAUGCCACCUCAGGUGGGCUCAGGGAUGUGCCCUCCCCCCGGCCUCAACCGGAAGGCCCAGGAGGCUGCAGCUGUAGUCAUGCAACACGCGGCUACCAACUCCAUACACAGCAGGAUGCCUGGCUACCCCAACAUGUCCCCUGGCAUGAUGGGCUCUGGCACCCCCUAUGGCCCUCCCAUGAACAACAUGCCUGGCAUGAUGAACACGCAGGGCGGCCCACCUUUCCCUAUGGGGCCCAACAUGGCCAAUAACUCCAGUGGUUUGGUCCCCAGUCCAGAGUUUGGUAUGGAUGUGAAAAUGAACCAGGGCCAGAAGAUGAACAACAAAGUGGACGGAACACCGAAAGCAGAACCGACUAAAUCCAAGAAGUCAAGCUCUUCCACGACGACCAACGAGAAGAUCACGCGUCUGUAUGAGCUGGGCCCCGAACUGGAGAGGAAGAUGUGGGUGGACCGCUACCUGGGCUUUAUCGAGGAGAAAGGCAUGGGCAUGACCAAUCUGCCUGCUGUUGGCCGCAAGCCCCUAGACCUCUUCAGACUCUACGUCUCGGUCAAGGAGAUUGGAGGCUUCGCACAGGUCAGUGUGAACAAGAACAAGAAGUGGCGGGAGCUGUCCACCAACCUGAACGUUGGCACGUCGAGCAGCGCUGCCAGCUCCCUGAAGAAGCAGUACAUCCAGUGUCUGUACGCCUUCGAGUGCAAGAUCGAACGCGGGGAGGACCCCCCUCCUGAGAUCAUCACUGACAACAAGAAGGCCAACCAGGCCAAGGUCCAGCCACCCUCCCCAGCUGGGUCAGGUUCUCUCCAGGGCCCUCAGACCCCCCAGUCCACCAGCAGCUCCAUGGCCGAGGGCAGCGACCUCAAGCCCCCCACACCCGCCUCCACCCCACACCCCACCCAGAUGCCACCCGGGGCCAGGAGCAAUGUGGCGCUGCAGGACCCAUUUGCUGACAGUAGUGACCCUGCUUUCCCCAGAAGGAACUCCAUGACCCCUAACUCUGGCUACCAGUCUGGCAUGAGCACCCCAGAGAUACCAGGUCGCAUGGGUCCAGGGCCCUACGAGGGUCCAGGCCCUAACAAAGACCCCUUUGGUGCCAUGCGGAAAGUUGGGGAGCAGUUCUUGCCCGCCAGUCAGGGUCCUAACAGUGGGAUGGCUGAACAGCAACAGUUUAACCGUGGGCCUCCUCCAGGUGCUAUGGGGAACAUGUCGAUGGCUCAGAGACAACAGUACGGACCAGGACCUUACGGACAAGGCUACGAAAGGAGGCCAGAGCAGGGGAUGGGCCCAGAGGGCAGCAUGGGAUCUGGUGCUCCGCAGCCAAACCUGAUGCCUGUCAACUCCGACACGGGGAUGUACUCGCCAAACCGCUACCCACCACAGCAGCAGCCACGGAAUGAUUCCUAUGGUAAUCAAUAUCCUGGCCAUGGUACUCCCCCUGGUGGUUCCUAUCCCAAUCAACAGCCAGGAAUGUACCCACAGCAACAACAGGUGAUGGCUCUAACCCACUGUAACUACAAGCGUCCCGUGGAAGGGGGCUACCCACCAGCGAAGCGUCACGAGGGGGAGAUGUACAGUGCCCCCUUCAGUGCAGGGCUGCAGCAGCAGCAACAACAACCGCAGCAGCAGCCAGGGGUGGCUUCUGCACCCCCUGCUGGCCAACCAGAGAUGUACCAACCCCAGUACAGCAGCGGCUCCUUCACCGGCACUGACCGCCGCCUGCCUGGUCCCCAGGGCCAGUUCCCCUUCCCCUUCAACAGAGAGCGCAUGCAGGCCGCCACGGGGCCCAACGCCCAGCCCUCCAUGCCCCCUCAGAUUAUGCAGCCAAGCACUGACGGACCCCCGGCUGGCGUGUGGCAGGGCCGCGGGGAGAUUAACUAUCCUGGAAACUACCCCAACCGGCAGGGUGGCCCCCCAGGGGGCCCAGCCCAGGGACCUGGCCACCACGGCAUGAACCGCGGUUCGGAGGAAAUGUCAUCAGAGCAGCGCAUGAACCACGAGGGCCAAUGGGGGCCAGGUCAGAUGGGCCCUCGGCAGCCCCCCUACGGCCCUGGAGGGACGGGCCCGCCCAUGACCCGCACCCUACAGUCCAACUACCAAUCCGCUCAGGCCAUGCAGAACCACAUUCCACAGGUGUCCAGUCCCUCCCCCAUGCCCCGCGGGGGCCCCAUGGAGAGCCGGACGUCGCCCAGUAAAUCUCCCUACAUGCACAGUGGCAUCAAGAUGCAAAAGGCAGGGCCCCCGGUUCCUGCCUCUCACAUAGUGCCCCAGUCUGUGCAGUCCCCUCUGAUCCGUAGAGACAUGCCCUUUCCCCCAGGCUCAGUGGAGGCCACCCACCCCAUCCUAAAACCACGCCGAUGCCUCACAACGAAGGAUAUCGGGACCCCAGAGGCUUGGAGGGUGAUGAUGUCCCUAAAGUCUGGCCUGUUGGCUGAGAGCACGUGGGCCCUCGACACCAUCAACAUCCUCCUGUAUGACGACAACAGCAUCUCCACCUUCAACCUCAAUUCGCUGCCUGGCCUGCUGGAGCUGGUGGUGGAGUACUUCCGGCGCUGCCUCAUCGAGAUCUUUGGGAUCUUGCGCGAGUACGAGGUGGGCGAUCCCGGCCAGAGGACUCUACUGGACCCUGACGCCCUGAAAAGAGACUGGAGCUGCAUGGAAGAUGAGGAACCAGGGGUGGAGGACAUGAAGGUAGAAGGAGAGGAUGAUGAGGAGGAUGAUGAGGAGGAGGAGGAAGAAGAGGUGGUGGUGCAGCGUUCAAAACAGCCGGCCGGGACGACAAUUGAUGGACAGGCUCAGGUGAAGCAAGAGGAUGAGCAAGAGUCGUGCUCAGAAUGGGACACUCUGAAAGAGAAGGAUGCUGAAGAUAAGGAGAAGAGCUGCUCUACCUUUGAGCAGCCCAGCUCUUCAUCGGACCCCCCUGGCCUGGGCCCGGCUACCCCCCAGGAGAGACCCAAACAGGCUAGCAAGUUCGACAAGCUCCCCCUGAAGAUGGUACGGAAGAAGGACCCGUUUCCAGCAGGCAGGGCAACCCAGAGAGGAAAAGUGCAGGAGUUUGACAGUGGGCUGCUCCACUGGAGUGCCGGCGGCGGAGACAGCACGGAACACAUCCAGACCCACUUUGAGAGGAGGGAGGAAUUCCUGGUCCCACGAGAACGAGUGCUGGUCGUCCCUACAGCCAAGAGGAAAAGGCCAGAACCAGAGAAGGUGGGGGACAAGGACAAUGCUACCCCCACAGAGAAAUACAAACAGAAGGGGGAGAGGGAUCAGAGGCCCUCCCAGCCAUCAUCCACAGAGAAGGCCUCAACAACAACCGACGGUAAGGAGGGGAAGUCCGAGCACUCGGACGCUGAGACAGAGGAGAUGUCACAGUCCGAAGAGCCCCAGAGCCAGCAGGAGCACGACAAAUCAAGCGGACCCACUCGUCAGCAAGUCCCCCAGCGUGUGGUGGAGGACGAGCCUCACAGCAAGGACGAGGGCCCACUGGUUACACUGGCCAACUGGCAGGAUGCUCUGGCCCGCCGUUGUGUCUGCGUCUCCAACAUCGUGCGCAGCCUCUCCUUCGUGCCUGGCAACGACCAGGAGAUGUCCAAACACCCUGGCCUCAUGCUGCUGCUGGGUCGCCUAGUGCUGCUGCACCACCGCCACCCUGAGAGGAAACAGGCCCCGCUCACCUACGAGAAGGAGGAGGAGUCUGAUGACUGUCUUGGCCAGAGGGACGAAUGGUGGUGGGACUGCCUGUCGCUUUUGAGGGAGAACUGCCUGGUCACUCUGGCCAACAUCUCUGGCCAGCUGGACCUCUCCAUCUACCCCGAGAGCAUCUGCCUUCCUCUGCUGGACGGCCUCCUCCACUGGGCUGUGUGCCCCUCGGCUGAGGCCCAGGACCCCUUCCCCACGUUGGGGCCACACAGCGCAAUGUCCCCCCAGAGACUGGUCUUGGAGACCCUCAGCAAGCUGAGCAUCCAAGACAACAAUGUGGACCUGGUCCUGGCCACGCCGCCGUUGGGUCGUUUAGAGAAGCUGUAUGGGACCUUGGUGCGGCUGGUCGGGGAGAGAAAAGUGGCCGUCUGCAGGGAGAUGUCGGUGGUGUUGUUGGCCAACCUGGCCCAGGGAGACAGCAUGGCAGCGCGCGCCAUUGCCGUGCAGAAGGGAAGCGUGGGAAACCUCCUGGGCUUCUUGGAGGACAGCCUGGCGGCCACCCAGCUACAGCAGAGCCAGAGCUCUCUGCUGCACCUGCAGGGGAUGCACUUUGAGCCCACCAGUAAUGACAUGAUGCGGCGGGCAGCCCGGGCCCUGCACGCCUUGGCCAAGGUGGAGGAGAACCACUCAGAGUUCACACUCUACGAGUCACGCCUCCUUGACCUCUCAGUGUCACCUCUCAUGAACUCUGUGGUGUCUCACGUCAUCUGCGAUGUACUCUUUCUGAUUGGCCAGUCAUGACAGCUGUAGGGAGCUUUGGCUCCACCUCCUCUUGGUUACUUCCCCCCUCACCCCCUGGUUACAACAUGGCUUGUAUGUGUGUAGGGGGAAGGGAAAGUUCAAGUGACUGUUUUUAAUUUAUGCAAACCCUUCAGAUUCCACUGUCUGAGCCCCCUUUCGCUGUUCUCGCUCAAGGAGAAGGGACGUCACAAAGCUACACUGGUGGAUUUACAAACCAGACACUCCACAAACUGUCACAACUUGUAACAUUAAUGCCAACCUAGAUGACAGAGUGGAGAACCUGGGUUUAGGAGUGUUCCACAUGUUUUUUUUUUUGGGGGGGGGUGUAUUUUUAAUAAAGAUAAAUAGCUGAAAAACAAACUGUAACCAAAGUUGCUGUCUCGUUUACAGGAAAUUUGGGGAUAAUGUGUGCCCUUGUGUGCCCCUCGAGAGCACAGUGAGUGAGUCAGACUGGUUCAUGUUUGGAGGUAGUGCAGACUGAGGAACAGCCUGAUCUGAUGGCAUAGUUGCUGUAAUUGGAUGCCUACCAGUCAGCCUACCACUCAGUAGGCUGUUGAGACACCUUCGCUGGGGAGGCCUGUGCAGUAGAUUGUAGGGCAUUUUCUCUACCGUACUGCUCAAGUGUCAGGCAUUCUGUAAAAAAGUUUCAUACAGAAAAACGUUGCCAAUGCAGCUCUACUAGAGUUAAAAGGUCAUUUUAGUUUUGACGUUAAAAGCUAAAAAGGCCUUCCCCAAAGUACCGAGAACCUACUACAACACCCUUACCUCCUCUCUUUAGUCCUUGAUUGUAUGAAUUUACCCUUGUAAAAUAAAUCACCUCUUAGGAUUGGUUUUCAACUUCAGAUGCAGCUUUGCUGUGGUGUAUAUAUAUGAUAUUGUACAUUACACUUCCUUUCUGUGUCUGUCUCUGUCACUAUUCCCACUCAUUUUGUUGAUGAGUAAUGGAAGGUGACCCAUGAGUUUGGUUCCUGUCAUCCAGUCCCUGCUGAUAGACCCUCUCACUCCACGGCUCCAUACUACGGCAGACUCAGAUCAAAUCUGUUAUCUCCUCCUGGUACAACAAAAAAAACUCUAGAUGAAGAAACACACUUGAAAAUUCAUUUCUCCAGGAUUCUGCAUAUUUGUAUUUCAAACUAUGUAGCUAAAAACAUGUAAAUUCCUCCUUUUCCUUUUUUUGGUUCAAUGAAUAUCAUUCAGUAUGAAAUCUUUAUACUAUAUGUUCCACGUGGUAAGAAUAAAUGUACAUUAAAUCUUCAUAAAAUGUU